AUGGUUUUUUGUGACCACUGCCAGCAGUGGUACCAUUUCGGCUGUGUUGGCGUCACAGCAGAAGUAAAGGACAUUUCCUGGUGCUGUCAAAAGUGCAGUGGAGGUGGAAGUGAUGAUUCCGGUUCGUCCGAGCUGCAAGAGGAGUUUAAGAAGCUCGAAAAGGAGAAGAAGAAGCAGAAGCGGGAACUGGAAAGAGAGAAGAUUUUGCAUCGGAAGCGCCUGGAGGUCCAACAGGAACUGUUUGAGAUGCGCCAGCAGCUGGAAAAAGAAAAACAGGACAUGGAACUGGAGUUCGAGAAGGCACAAAUGGAGAAGAAGAUUGCCGAAGAAGAAGCCCACCAGCGGAAACUGGACGAAAUGCGGACGGAGAUGGAAGAGAAGCUGCAGCAGUUGAAGCUAAAGCGGAGAACGGAAACGGACACUGGAAAAAAGGAGUCAAAGGGAGCUGUCGGUGGUGUCUCGAAAAGCGGCACAAGGAAGAUUGCGGAAUUGGAGCAUUCGAAGCUGGGGAAAAACCUCGAGAAGAAAAAGUCGGGGAACAAAAAGCCCAGAAAAGCGGAUGCAGCGAUUGCGAAAUUCAACGAUCCGAGAGGAGCCUACCGCAAACACUCGACGCCGACAGUUGCUCAGCAACUCGCACCAAAGUCGGUUGGAGAUCCAUCAACUUUUCCGGAGAGUUUUCUGAUUGGGCGCGAUGGAAAUUCGACGCCUGUCGGACGCCCAGGGGUUCCCAAACCGGAAAAGGUGAAGCGUAGCAACAAGUGGCAGAUAGCGGAAGAAGAGUCGGAAUCUGAAACGAGUUCCGAAGAAGUAGAGGACGAAGAGUCCGCCAAGAGGAAGGAGGACGUCCCUCCGAGGAGGAAGAGAGCUCUCCGGAGGAGGAAGAAGAUUGUACGGAGGAGGAAAGUUCGGAGAGUUCCGAAGAAGAGAAAAGAAAAUUUGGCCCGGUUACAGGAAUGCCUGAAAGGUGAGGCGCUGGAAGCGGUCAGGAGCAGGUUGCUUCUACCAAAGUCAGUCCCAAAAAUAAUAGAGACGCUGCAGAUGCUGUAUGGGCGACCUGAGCGACUGUUGAACAUGCUGCUUGCGAAAGUGCGCAAUGCAGCGCCUCCAAAAGCAGAUCGAUUGGCGAGUUUCAUUGGCUUCGGCGUGGUGGUGCAGCAGCUAUCUGACCAUCUAGAAGCUACAGGGUUAACUUCGCAUCUGGUGAACCCCAUGCUUAUUCAAGAGCUGAUAGAGAAGCUACCAGCAGGGACGCAGCUGGAAUGGGUACGAUACCGAAGGAAGAGCAAGGUGGUGACGCUGCGGACGUUGUCAAAUUUCCUGUCACGUAUAGUGAAGGAUGCAAGUGAAGUGGCUGCCUACGGAGAAGCAUCCCGGUCCGGAGAGGUCGGUUCAAAGAAGGUGAACCCGAGAAGCAGAGCAAGCGAAGGGUACAUUCACGCCCAUGACGCGGCGGAGAGUAUAAGUUCGAGUCCGCCUGCGAAGGAGAGAAGGCCGUGUAGGAUCUGUGGAAGAGUAGAUCACCGGAUCCGUAACUGCGAGAGGUUCCGUAGACUCCACUACAGUGAGCGAUGGGAAGCGGUUCGCAGAUGGAAGCUAUGCCAGCUGUGUCUGAACGAGCACGGUACUGUCAGCUGCAAGUUGAAUUUUCGUUGCAACAUCGGCGGGUGCAAGGAGCGCCACAAUCCACUUCUGCAUCCACCGAGAUCAGUGGCUGGCUCGAACUGCAAUAUCCACGCUAUUCAACCAAAGCCAUCCGUUAUUUUCCGUAUGAUGCCUGUCACCCUGCACAGCGGAAUCUACUCGGUGAAUACCUUUGCCUUCCUGGACGAAGGUUCUUCCUAUACGCUGGUGGAGAACACGCUGAUCGACCGACUGAGAAUUCGUGGUGUAACGCAGCCACUACGAGUGACGUGGACCGCUGGAGUCUCACGAGUCGAGAAGGACUCGCAGUGUGUAAACAUGCUCAUUUCCGCUCGAGGAUCAGCGCAACGUUUCUUCAUCAAGAGUGCCCACACGGUGGAGAGUCUCAAGCUUCCGCAGCAUUCACUAGCUGUGUCGGAAGUGGUGAAGCAAUACAGCCACCUUCAAGAUCUGCCGAUCGCAGAUGUUCCCCAAACAACGCCACAGAUUCUGAUCGGGCUGAAGGAUAUCCAUCUUUACGCUCCGAUUGAGUCUAGAAUAGGCCGGCCGGAAGAACCUAUAGCAGUCAGGUCAAAACUGGGAUGGACUGUCUACGGACCAACUGGCGCGAAUGCCACGGAAGGUGGAAUCGUCGGGCAUCACGCUUGUAGCUCGGUAACCAACCAGGAGCUGCACGACCUGCUGAAGAGUCAGUACGCUCUGGAAGAAUCCGGUAUUUCUGUGGCCUUGCUUCCCGAGUCAGAAGAAGACAGAAGAGCAAAAGAGAUUCUGAGGAAGACGACAAAAAGAAUAGGAGAUCGCUUCGAAACGGGACUGCUGUGGAAAAACGACUGCUCCGAGUUCCCAGAUAGCUACAUCAUGGCCGUUAAGCGGCUGAUUGGCCUGGAGAAUCGUCUCAGGAAAGAUCCCGAACUGUACGCCAAGGUGAGGACCAUGAUCGCCGACUAUCUAGUCAAGGGGUACGCACACAAGGCAACGUCGUCCGAGCUAGAAGCGCUAGGUUGCAGCAAAGUGUGGUACGUGCCACUGAAUAUCGUCUACAAUCCGAGAAAGCAGAAGUUUCGUCUAGUGUGGGACGCAAGAGCAGAAGUGAGAGGAGUAUCUUUGAACUCGAAGCUGCUGAAGGGGCCGGAUAUGCUGACCGCCUUGCCGGCGGUAAUUUGCAAGUUUCGUGAACGAGAAGUCGGAUUCGGGGCGGACAUAAAGGAGAUGUACCACCAGCUACGGAUCCGAGAAGAAGACAAACGAGCGCAGAGAUUUUUGUUCCGGAAUGAUCCAUCAGCGAAACCGGAAGUGUACGUGAUGGACGUAGCGACGUUUGGGUCUACGAGUUCACCGUGUUCAGCCCAAUACGUGAAGAACUGGAAUGCAAGAGAAUUUGCAGGGCAAUUCCCGGCGGCGGCGAAAGCCAUCGUCGAAAAUCACUACGUCGACGACUAUUUCGACAGUUCAGAUACAAUUGAAGAAGCAGUGGCACUUGCGAAGGAUGUGAGAUACGUCCAUUCCAAGGGUGGUUUUGAGUUGCGAAACUGGGUUUCCAAUUCCAGAGAGUUUCUGGAGGCCAUGGGAGAACGUAAGGAAAAUCAGUGCGUGCGUUUCGGUGAGGAUAAGGAGUCCGGCUCCGAGCGGGUGUUGGGGAUCGUGUGGAGCCCAGCAAACGACGAAUUUUCCUUUUCGACCAAGCUCAGGGAAGACCUGGUGCCUUUCCUGUCCGGCGAGCAGCUGCCGACAAAAAGGAUCGUGAUGAGCUUCUUCGACCCGUUGGGAUUACUCUCCGUGUUUACGUUCUACGGGAAGCUGCUGAUUCAGGAUCUCUGGCGAAGCGGAUGCGAAUGGGAUCAGCAGAUCGGCGAUGAAGAGGCAGAGAAGUGGUACCAGUGGAUCAGGAGGCUUCCAGAAGUCGAGGAAGUGCGAAUUCCUCGUUACUAUUUCUGCGGUGGACGUUCUUUGGACUACGCCAGUCUUCAGCUACACACAUUUGUGGACGCAAGCCAGGACGCGUACGGAGCAGCAACGUACAUCCGAAUUGAAACAGACGAGGGACCGAUAUGCUCGCUAGUAAUGUCAAGGUCGAAGGUAGCACCGUUGCAACACAUGUCCAUUCCCCGUUUGGAGUUGCAAGCAGCAACGCUAGGAGCGAGGCUUGCCAAUUCCGUCGGCGAGAUUCUUACUUUAGAAGUCAAGCGUCGUUUCAUGUGGUCCGAUUCGAAGACCGUACUCUCGUGGAUCCACUCCGACCACCGUCGUUAUAAACAGUUCGUGGCGUUCCGGAUCGGAGAGAUACACAGCUUAACGAAAAUAGCGAAAUGGCGUUGGGUGCCGACUAAGUGCAAUGCGGCCGACGCGUUAACGAAGUGGGAGAAGGCGCACAGCAUGCAUUCCGAUGCUGCGUGGUUCCGCGGCUCUGGAUUCCUUUACCAGCCGGAGGAUUGUUGGCCGAAGCAGGACAGCAUCGCACCAAACGUUGCCGAGGAGGUUCGAGCGUGUGUCCAGUUCCACGAUAUCGCCAUCACCAUGUCGAUAGUAGAUCUGCAACGAUUUUCUAAGUGGAGGGUAUUAGUGCGGACGGUGGCAUGCGUCUAUCGGUUCGCGUCGAACUGUCGAAGGAAAAAAGAUGGAUUCAAGAUCGAAGCAGUUCCAACUACAGAAGCGGUGAAGAAGGCGGUUAUAAAAACUGUACGAUCGACGACGGUACCGUUGAAACGUGAAGAGUACCAGAAGGCGGAGGCGUACCUCUGGCGGUCAGCCCAGGCCGAUUGUUUUGGCGACGAAAUCAGGACGAUCAAAAAGAACCGGCAGCUACCGUUACAGCAGCAGCAGCAAUUAGAGAAGAGUAGCAGUUUGCACAACCUGAGUCCGUUCCUAGACACUGAGGACGUACUGCGAAUGGAAGGUAGAGCAGCGCAAGGUUCGUCGCUGCCGUUCGAGCUUCGAUUCCCAAUAAUUCUACCGAAACAGCAUCUGGUGACUGACAAGCUGCUAGAAUACUACCAUCACCGAGUAGCACAUGGAAACGUGGAGUCUGCCGUCAACGAAGUCCGGCAAAGAUUCAGCAUUCAGAACCUGCGAGCAGAGUUGAAGCGGAUCGGGAAGUCUUGCAUGUGGUGCAAGGUGAAGAAAUGCCGAGCGAGGACACCGAGAAUGGCGCGUCACGCCGGGACUACCACCGUUCAGCCACACCGGCGUGGACUUCUGCGGCCCAGUCACAGUUACAGUCGGUCUAAGAUCGGAGAAGCGGUACAUCUGUUUGUUUACCUGCAUGACUACGAGAGCUGUCCACCUUGA